AUGUCGGCAACGACGCGCUUAUGGAAAGUUGUUUAUGACGCAUAUCUAGAGCCCUUUGCGCGACAUGUUAACGCAUCAAUUGGUCAAAAGUCUGUCUUUGCUCCGCUUGUUAAAGAUGCAAAUACUGAGAGUAUACUCGUCACGGUUGUGAUUGGGUUGAUUGUUGUCGGGGUGUUUUUGUAUACGUUGAAGAAUAUCGCUUAUCCUAAAUUGAAGCCAAACGAACCUCCAAUGGUAUCAUAUUGGAUUCCUGUAUUAGGGUCUGCUGCUUGGUUGGGCAUAGACCCAUUCGGUUUCUAUAAAAAAUGUCAAAAAGAGCAUGGUGAUUACUAUCAAUUUCUGUUACUCGGCAAAAAAAUGGUCACAUGUCUUGGUGCCGAAGGCAAUAAUUUUGUAUUUAACGCGAAAUUAGCCGACGCGUCGGCCGAAGACGCGUAUAAAUCAUUGACAGUACCGGUAUUCGGCAAAGGAGUUGUGUAUGAUGUGCAAAAUUCAGUGCUAAUGGAACAAAAAAGAUUUGUGAAAGCUGGAUUGUCAAAUGAACGAUUACAGGCGUAUGCUCCUUUAAUCGUCAAAGAGGCGGUCGAUUAUUUUGCUCGGUGGAAUAAACCGUUUGGUGUUGAGAAUAUUUAUAAAGCAUCUGCCGAACUUACCAUUAUGACUGCAUCUCGUUGUUUAUUAGGCGAGGAAGUUCGAUCAAAAUUGGAUGAAUCAUUCGCACAAAUUUUUCAUGAUCUCGAUGCAGGUUUCAGUCCAAUUAACUUUGUCUUCGAAGACCUUCCCAUACCAUCAAACAGAUUGCGCGACAAGGCUCACAUAAAAAUGCGAAAUUUCUUUCUGGAUAUAAUGGAAUCGCGUCGAAAAUCAGGAACGGAAGAUCGCACCGACAUCAUGUCUUACCUAAUCAAACAAUGUCAGUAUAAAGAUGGCAGACGCCCCACCGAUGUCGAAGCAGCGCAUAUGAUGAUUGCUUUACUAUUGGCCGGACAACACACAAGUUCGACGACCUCUGCAUGGGCAUUCAUAUUUCUUGCAGAAAACCCGCACCUAUUCGAGCAACUACGAAAAGAACAAAUCAAUAUUCUCGGAUCUUUGGAUGCCCCGCUCACCCUUGAAAACGUGAAAAAACUGUCGUUGCUUGAUAAUGUUCUUCGGGAAACGCUUCGAAUUCGACCCCCGAUCACAAAUAUGAUGCGGAAAGCUAAUCGCGAUAUACCGAUACCGAAUACCAAUUAUGUGGUUCCGAAAGGCUCUUAUAUUCAAGCGGUGCCGGUUAUUUCUCAAAGAGCCGAUCAGUAUUUCGAUAAUCCGGAGCAAUUUUUACCGUCACGAUGGGAUAAGUAUGAUAAAGAUGUAAAAGUCAAGGAUGAUGACCUUGUUGAUUAUGGAUGGGGUGCAAUGCAUAGCAGUUCGGCAAAGUCACCUUAUCUUCCAUUUGGAGCUGGUCGUCAUCGAUGUAUUGGUGAAGCAUUCGCUUAUCUACAAAUAAAAACCAUUAUUGCCACCUUUGUGCGUCUAUUUGAGAUUAAAUUACAUAAAGGCAAAUUUCCCAAUUCCGAUUAUACUACCUUAAUUCCACAACCUAUUAAUCCGUUGGUUGAUUACGUUAGGAUUUAA